AUAAGUAUUUUUAAACAUACCAAAUGCGUUAGGUAAUUUUCUCUUCGAAUUUCGCACGUGCUGGCGCCGCCGACGAAUAUUUUGCAAUUUGUUUAACUUUUUUAACAAAAACAAUUAAUAAAAUCUUGAGCAGGACUUAAGAUAUAGCAACCCAACUAAAAAAGUAAAUCCGUGUAAAUCGCAAAUAAACAUGAAAGAUACUGAAAUCAAAGACAUCACAAAGGAAAAAGAUGAGGCUCGUAAGGAUUCUGAAGCGGCGCAGACCGAUUCUAGCUCCGAGGAAGAUGAUUACGAGGACAUUGAUGACGACGACGACGAUGAGCAAAUGGACGAGGGAGAGGAGCCAACCACAUGUCUUUUUUGCGAGGAAGUCUUUCCAUUAAUAGCCACUGCCAUCGACCACCUGGAUACGCGGCACAAAGUGAACCUGGCCUAUCUAAAAAAAAAGUUCCACAUGGAUCAGUAUUCCUUUAUCAAGCUCGUUAACUGCAUAAGGGCCAACAAGAUAAGUGCGGAAACGUUACUUUCGACUGAACAGACCUUUUGGGACGACGAGAAGUAUCUGAAGCCAAAGGAGUACGAGCCAUGGCUCUGCUACGACUACGAUGUGCUGAAGACUGACGGCACUGAGGUUCAACCAUCGGUGCCCGAACUUCUCCAGCAGAUCGCCGAACAAGCCAAACUACUGCAGCAAGCUAACGAGGAUAUGGAGCGAAUGCGUAGCGACUACAAGGAACUGCUGCAGAAGGUCCAUGGGGACAAGGAGUCUAAGCCAGCUGGCGAUGCAGUGCCGCGUAAUAAUCCCAACUGGGACAAGGAGUACUUCAAUAGUUAUUCGCAUUUCGGAAUACACCACGAGAUGUUGAGCGACAAGGUGAGGACCAGUACGUAUCGCUCGGCUCUUUUGGAAAACAAGGCUGCGGUGAACGGCAAGGCAGUACUAGAUGUCGGUUGCGGUACGGGAAUCCUAUCGAUCUUUGCCUCCCAGGCGGGUGCAGCACGCGUGGUGGGAAUUGACAACUCGGACAUCGUGUAUACCGCGAUGGACAUAGUUAGAAAAAACAAGGUGCAGAAUGUUCAACUGGUGAAGGGCCGAUUGGAGGACACCGAACUGCCAGAGGCCAAGUACGACAUCAUCAUCUCCGAAUGGAUGGGCUACUUUCUGUUGUAUGAGUCUAUGCUGGACAGCAUUAUCUACGCCCGCGAACAUCACCUCAACCCGAACGGCAUCAUCCUACCAAGCCGUUGCACUCUUAGCAUUUUGGGCUACGGCAACGACACCUUGUACGCCGAACAGGUUGAGUUCUGGUCAGAUGUUUACAAUGUAAACAUGAUUGAUCUGCAAAAGAAGUCUAUUGAGGAGCCGCUCAUGGAGGUGGUUGAUGCCCAAUUUAUGCUCACAGAACCAGAACAGAUAGCUAACUUUGACAUGAUGACUGUUGACUUGAAUUAUCCCAAUUUUACUCACCACUUCAAUUUAAAAGUAACUAAACCAGGCCGCCUCACAGCCUUUGUGGGCUAUUUUGACACGUUUUUCGACAUGCCAGCUGCAGUUAUGUUUAGCACGUCACCCACCGAAACCUCGACACAUUGGAAGCAAACCGUAUUUUUCAUUGAACAGCCGAAGGAGGUUAAGGAAGGUGAAAUCAUCAGUGGGAAAAUUGUCUCCCGGAGGCACAAGGAGGACGUAAGAGCACUUAAUGUAGAGAUAGAGGUGUUUGGCAGAAAACAGAAGUACAUGGUGGUCUAAGAAGACUAUUGAAAAUGAGGGUCCACAAACUUGAGUCAACUUUGACUCUUACUUUAAAUCCUUUUAGUCCUAGAAUGUAAAAUAUUUUUAUCUUCAGUCAAAACUGAUAAAUAAAAUUAAACAUUUUAA